AUGCCGCCCUCAUGCUCCCGGAAAAGUUUUAUUGCUGGAGCUGCUAUGGACGAUGAGCAGCUCCGAACACUAUUUGCAUCCUUAACAGAAUUAGCACAACAAGGCCCAAUUCCAGUCCAAGCCUACUCGAUGGUAGUAAGAAAUACCUCUCCCGAAUCAUUAGCUGAGCAGCUUCAUCAAAGAUGGCUCGCCGAUUCCAAAUUCUCUCCUAUAGCUGCUGAUAUCAUUUUACACAUUUAUAAUCUUGAUCGUGGGGACUUCGGGUUGGCUUCCUGUUGCCUUGCUUUAUUGUUGAAUGAUUACCGUAAUCGUUUGGCCGUGAGGAGCUCGAGUCGGCUGAUGUUUCGGAAUUCUGUUAGGGCGUUGUUUGGUCUCUAUCCAAUCUACCUCAAAAUGGACGAAUGCGUGUCGAAAUGCUUUGUGAAGCCGAUGUUCAACUGUUUGGAUAUGUUGCUGGAUAAUAAUCCGGAUCGGGAGGAUACAAAGACAAUGGGAAUGUUGCUAGCUGAAAAUGGAAAAACCCUGCAUCAUUUAAAUCAAUAUUUAGUAGAUCAGUUAAUCCUUAAGGUUCGUGAACAUAUGUGUAGUGAUGAGGACCAUAUUAACAUGGAAAUUCGUCGGAUAUUCUUACACCUCUUGGACCUGUGGGCAUUUGGCUGGAAUGAACUGGCAAUCCCCGACUGUCUAAUCGCCGAUUAUGUAGCCCCCACCACCCCGAAAGCUCUUCCUGUCGUCAGGAAGGACGACAUCCAGAAGCAGGAAUUCGGCAGUAAAGAAAGUAUUGUG